AUGGGUCUGGUGGUAAGAACACCUACUGCCGCACUCAUGGCUAGUGUUCAACUCUCACGUUUCCAUUCUAAAUAUUUUACGAUAAAAAAGAGGAAACCAGCAAAUGUUCUAGUAAGAGACGAGGGUCAUAUCAUGCUCUCAGACUUCGAUCUCUCACUCCGUUGUUCUGUCAAUCCUACACUAGUCAAGUCUUCAUCUGCCCAUGUAAGCAAUGGUGGUGCUGCCGGUGGUGGUGGUGGUGGCGGGGGCAUUUUAGACGAUGACCUUGCUGUGCAUGGUUGUAUGCAGCCUUCCAAUUUCUUUCCACGCAUUUUACCUACCAAGAAAAACCGGAAUUCCAAAUCAGAUUUUGGCCUUUCGACUAAUGGAUCCCUCCCUGAACUGAUGGCAGAGCCUACAAAUGUGCGUUCCAUGUCAUUUGUUGGAACACACGAAUAUCUAGCCCCAGAGAUUAUUCGCGGAGAGGGCCAUGGAAGUGCAGUGGACUGGUGGACAUUUGGUAUCUUCUUAUACGAGCUCUUACAUGGGACAACCCCCUUCAAAGGUCAAGGAAGUCGUCCCACGCUCUUCAACGUUGUAGGCCAGCCUCUGAAAUUCCCAGAAACACUACAAGUAAGCGUUGUGGUGCGUAAUCUCAUACGAGGACUCUUGGUGAAAGAACCACAUAAACGAAUUGCGUACAAAAGGGGUGCCACAGAAAUAAAGCAACACCCAUUUUUCGAGGGAGUGAAAUGGGCUCUGGUGAGAUGUGCCACGCCUCCCCAUGUUCCUGAACCGGUAAACUUUUCACAAUAUGCCAGCAAGGAGGCGAACUCUGCAGACAAAAAGAUGACAGAUGUGGGAAGUGAUAAGAAGAACGGUAGUAAUGAUUCAUCUUAUGUAGAUUUUGAGUACUUCUAGCACUCCUUUAGGAUGAUAUUUUACAUUCUCGGGAGGAAAACUACAUUGUACAAAGAGCAAAACGUUGCAACCCAAUGAUAUAUAUACUUAUCAUUACAUGUUGAGGGUUUCACAGAGAAAACAUUUGUUAGCAGAAUACUAUUGAUUUCUUUCUAGGCAAGGGGAAAUAACAACACAUAUAUAGGGAUGGAAAUUGCAUCUAAAGUUUUGUGUGUCAUUCUUUCGCGUGUAUAUGCGUCGAUUUCUGUUUAAGGAUUUGUCGAUGUGUACUACAUUGUAUAUGAUUUGUAUCUGGUCUGGUGUAACAU